AUGUCGAUGCAACUAUUGAUGACACAGAGCUCGGAACAAGUUGUUCAUCGACCACGGAGAGGCAACAGAGCUGGUGCAAGCGGAAGUAGCGGCUGGAUAGCGCCAGUCACGUCUCUUUCCAACGAUUUCCAGCCUACAGGUCAAGGCUCGCCACAGGACUACCCACAUCGGCAUACCGACCUGCAGGAGCAGAAGCGACAGCAGCAAGACGCACUAGUCCAACCGGAUCCACAUCCCGACCCACGGAGCGCAGCAAUGAAACGCGCUACCGUAGAAUCCAUGCUCCGGUCUCGACGCAGGUAUGGCGAGCAGCGCCGGAGUGGCGGUGGUGCAGACGUUGCGGACGAGGCAGUCACUGCUGCGGUUCGCCAGUAUCAAGAGAUGCUCCUGCUGGAACGACGACGUCGCAUGGAGGAGAUGGAAGCGCAUCGCCGUAUGCGAGAAGGAGAUGAUGGCGAGCGGAAACGACGCAGUCGGGCGGACAUCUUGGCAUCUACGCGUCGUCUUUGCAAGUAUGACGACUUGCGAGGCGAGCAUAAUACAUGA